GGUGGAUAACGCAUCUUUGAAUUGAAUGUAUGUUUGAACGACCAAUUAAAUAAUACUAAUAGUUAUUAAUAAUAAUAAUAAUAAUAAUAAUAAUACGAGGUACCCGAGGAGCGGCCCCCUAUUUUCAUCCGGGCCGCGCUCCAAAACCGCAGAGGCCACUCUCGCGCUACCCCAUGCGCCGGGGCGGUUCAGACGCGCGGCCCAGCUGCUGCAUACUCGCCUACUAAGUAGUAUGUCAAUAUAGGACGCUACACGUAUGCGGUCUUGGAACGCAGCCAUGGCGACCGAGAGGAACGCGGCUGUGUCCUGAAUGGCGUGUCUACACUCUACAGGAGUGCAGAAAAUACACACUAACACUAAUACCCUUUUUUCAGUAUUUGUUCUGGUCCCAGAAUAAUCAUUUAGUAGCCUCAAUUAGUACUACUACAGCACACAGUCACGUGACCAGCUGUCAAUCAAUUCCACUGGUCUCAUUAUGAUCUCAGACUGCUUCAUUUCUUCUUUACUUACUUUCUCUUCUUCUUCUGAGAAAUCUUAAUGUUUGAAGCACAAUACACAUAUAAAUAACUAUUUGGGCUCUAAAGCACUGAACUCCAUAGUUUUUGAAGAGAAGGCCAAUAAAAAUGCACCGGUACAACCAAGCUAGCUAGCGGAAACCUUUUGUAGCUAUUCAAUAUCCAGUGGGAUUGACACAAAACACAACCAGCCAUGUGAUUCCAGAUGUGAGCUAGCUACUCCAAAUCAUAGUUUUCUUUUCUUUUUUUUUUGGAAUGUGGUUGUGGUUAUUAUGACAAAAUUGUAUGUUAUUCAAUAAAAUCACAUUUAUUCACGCUAAUCGUUCGGAAAUCUCAAUGACGACAUGUUGAAAUGUUUUUUUGUGUUCUGACUGAGAAGCAGAACACUGUGUUCUUGCUAGCUACUAUUUCAGUCUAAUUAGUGGUCACAACUAAUGGUGUGUUUAAAUGUUGGGAGGUUUUUUUUACGUUUGCGGUGUGAGACGGCGAACACAAUUCGCAUUGAUGAGGUUAAAUUCAAGAGAACAUGGGUUUCUAGGCAGCUGAGAAAUAUUCUGGCUACUAAGCUAGCUAAUAAGUGAUUUAGCGAGGAAGUGCGAUGCCAGUGUACUUCAUAUGGAAACGUAUUAAAUGUAGUGUAAGUGGAAAGAAGACAUAGUUGUCAGGAAUAGCAACAUUUUCCUUAAAUGUCUUGGUGAAAUAGAAUAGACGUAUUUCGACUUCACACGCUCCAUAAUUCCACUGGGUAUCAAUAGCAAAUCGAACUGAAAUUCUGAUAUAUUGAGGUGUUCAUGUUGUGUGUAAGGUAACAAUGUAUUUUUGACUGGAGUCGGUGUGGAAUCUUCUUAUGAACAACUUCUCAUUAGCCCCAUGUCUUCUAUGAAUUUCUUAUCACAUAGCGUGUGGUAACCACAGCUUCUGAAUGUGCUAAAAAACGACAGCUCUUUCAGGUACAUUCAGGUCUGGGACACUUCGUUUCAAUCAUGGAGGGUUUGCUUAUGGUAGCAGAUGUAACGGGGAAAUUAUGCAGCACUGUCCAUCUGCAGAGAUUGGAGAUGGACAAAACAGUGGAUCUGGUAAUCGUGGGCUCCAAAAAAAAAAAAUCCCAGCUGACUCCCUUUUACCAAUCUAAGUGUUAAGACACAUUUCUCAAGGCCCAGUCUUACUCUACUCCCUGUUGAAUCAUUCAGUGUUUCCCUCUCUUGGGGCGGCCCUGGUAGGAACCCUAUUGUUUGUGUGGUAUAAAUCUAGGGUAUUGGGAGUGAGAUAAAACAGUGGCUCUCAGUUCUCCGUCUUUGGAGACCACAGUGACGAUCUAAAUCUAGUGCAGCAAUUCUCCAGGAGUGGGGCCAAGAUUGGGCAUGCGUCCCUGGUGGCGAGCCGUUCAGAGAAAGGCACCAGCGUGUCGAGUCGUUCCCUCGGCGCACGCUGUCGCAACUCUGUGCCCUCGUGCCCGGACGACCCGCACAUCGGCAACUACCGGCUCCUCAAAACCAUCGGCAAGGGCAACUUCGCCAAAGUGAAACUUGCUCGCCACGUCCUUACCGGCCGAGAGGUUGCAAUAAAGAUAAUUGACAAAACUCAGCUGAACCCGACCAGCCUGCAAAAGCUAUUUCGUGAGGUGCGGAUCAUGAAGGCUCUUCGUCACCCCAACAUAGUGCAACUGUUUGAGGUGAUCGAGACGGAGAAAACGCUGUACCUGGUCAUGGAGUACGCUAGCGGAGGUGAGGUGUUUGACUACCUGGUGUCUCACGGGAGAAUGAAGGAGGUUGAAGCGAGGGCCAAAUUCAGACAGAUCGUCUCGGCUGUUCAUUACUGUCACCAGAAGAACAUCGUCCACAGGGAUCUGAAGGCGGAGAACCUGUUGCUGGACGCCGACUCCAACAUCAAGAUAGCAGAUUUUGGUUUCAGUAACGAGUUCACGCUGGGGAAUAAGCUGGACACGUUCUGCGGCAGCCCGCCCUACGCAGCACCCGAGCUGUUCCAGGGCAAAAAAUACGACGGCCCUGAGGUGGACAUUUGGAGCCUGGGGGUCAUCCUGUACACGCUGGUUAGCGGCUCGCUGCCCUUCGACGGACAGAACCUCAAGGAGCUGCGUGAGCGUGUGCUUAGAGGGAAGUAUCGAGUGCCCUUUUACAUGUCCACUGACUGUGAGGGGAUUCUGCGUAGGUUUCUUGUGCUCAACCCCAGCAAGCGAUGCACACUGGAGCAAGUUAUGAAGGACAAGUGGAUGAACACAGGGUACGAUAGCGACGAGCUGAAGCCUCAUGUGGAGCCGCCAGAGGACUUCAGUGACCCCAGCCGCAUCGAGGUGAUGGUUGGGAUGGGGUUCACUACAGAGGACAUCAAAGAUGCGUUACUCAAUCAGAAAUACAAUGAAGUCACUGCGACUUACCUUCUCCUGGGGCUGAAGAAUGAGGACGGCACGGAGUCACGUGUGAGUGGCAGCAUGACGUUGCCGAGAGUGAGGCCGAACCCCGUCACCAACGGAACCAACAAACACUCGUCCACCGCUGCCGCCGCCGCCUCUUCGUCCUCCUCCUCCUCUUCCUCUCACAGCAAGACGCAGCGCAGCGCCUCCACUUACCACCGCCAGCGACGGCACAGCGACUUCUGUGGUCCGAGCAUGCCGGUAAUGCACCCUAAGCGCAGUCCGACAGGCGGAGCUGACCGUGAGCUGCGUGAGAGCCGCAUGCCCCCGCGGAAGGCCAGUUGCAGUGUGAUGGGCAGCCGCAGCCUCCCGCCCUCCAGCCCCAUGGUCAGCACGGCCAACAACCCCAACAAAGCUGAGAUCCCUGAGCGGCGGAAAGACAUGACCGCCACCACUAACAACAUCCCCGGCAGUGCAAUGACACGCAGGAACACGUACGUGUGUACGGAUCGGCCGAGCACAGACAGACAGUCUCUGCUGCAGAACGGAAAGGAGAACAGCUCUCUCUCCCAUCGUCUGCCCCCCACCUCUCCGUCCACUCUCAGUAUUUCCGGAGCAGGAGCGUCGUCCUCCUCGUCCUCGGCGGAUCGCUGUAGACUGACGCGGGGUUCCACCAUACGCAGCACGUUCCACGGCGGACAGAUCCGAGAGCGUGUGCCUUCCGGCUACGGGCCGCCGCCCACCUCGCCCACUCUUAGCCACGACGCCACGCUGCCGUCACACGGUCGCUCCAGAGCCACGGCCAACCUGUUCAGCAAGAUCACCUCCAAACUCACACGCAGGGUCGCAGAUGAACCUGAGAGAGUCGGCCGAUCUUCGCUCUCAGGUUGCCAUCUAUUUGGGAAUCAGAAAAAGGCCGAGCCCUGGCUCGGGGGAGGGGGCUGGGAUGUGAGGCCCCGCCCCCCACGCGCUCCCGUCGAGUUGGUACUGGCCGUGCGCGAUGCAGCAAGGGGGUGCGGCUGCAGUCAUGAGUCGCCGAGGUCAAAGGUCACGUUUCAGGGGGAGGCGUGUCAGCUGAGCCUGCAGCACACACGCCUCUGGAAGGCUCCACUAGCAUUCACUCACAUCGCGUCUCGGAUCUACAAAGGGGUGGAGCUCUGAACGGAUAGGGGGGGGGGGCACGUCUUUCCUCCUCUUUCCUGAACUGACUUGGCUCCACCCACUUCUGGCUGCAUAAACUGGAAGAAAAAAAAAAGCUCCACGCCCUCCUCUAACGUCACACUCGCCUAAUAUACACAUUAAGAGACACGAUGUGUAUUCACACAAACGGUGCAAUUGUAGACACACACACACACACACACACACAUACACACACACAUACACGCAAACACAACUUCUCUAAGUAACCUCAUCCACAGGACCUGGACUAAUUCCAGUGUAGUAUUUUUUAAUCUCAUGAAAUAAUUUGCAUUUCAUCAAUUCUCAGCAACGUUCCACUUUCCUGUUCGUUCUUUGAUUGUAUUUGUUGCCCAAUCGCUGUUCAUUUCACGCCUUAUUUUAUACAAACUCCGCCCAUUGCCCUGCCCACCCCACCUUCCUGAACCCUUUCUAUAGCCAUUGAACUCGAGUUUUACUAAACGACGGUAUGUGGAAUAUUCUGCCAGUUUUGUCAAAUCCCAAAAAAAAAAGGAAACCACGAAUACUUAAUAGGAUAUCUUUGUCACAAUUGUUCACAUAUAAGCAGCAGGUGGUGCUGUUGCUUCGGUUGAUGCAGGUGUAUACUUUUACAUCAACCAAUCAUAUCCGAGUUCAGUCUAACCAUGAGUUUUAGAUAAGAGAUCCAAGCGAGUCUGCUUUUUGAACCAUGUUGAUGCAGCACUCGGAGCUCCUCCAGGGGAAGUCAUGUGGACCAGAUGAUUGUCUGCGGGACAGAAGAAGAGGGCAACAGGCGGAGUUAUAUAAUUACUAUACAGCAACAGAGACAAUAGACGGAGCUAUCUGCUACGUGUGGCGUUACGCAAAUACGAUGUUUUGAAUAACGUUAAACUCGUGAUUGGUUGCUUUUCUUCUUCAGUUCAGUGAGAACUUCCCUCUCCCUUCACCCCUUGCUGUAAAACACACUCAGGUGGUGGGUCGGGUUGUGUCAGGGGUUCUCUGGGUAAUAAAAGACGCAAGUUUUCUUCCAGAAAUAAAUCCCAAUCUCUGGAGUAUUUCCAUUCGAUCUCCUGAAUUCCUGGCCGAGGUGGAUGUUUAAUGAGGGGGAAAACCAAAUACCGUUCCUUGGGUUGCAAGAACGCAAUGCUAAUUUUAAUGUAGAUUUUCUGAGAAGACUUUUUCUAGAAUUUCAUACAUUUCGAGAUUGUUUUGCCGUUAGCAGAACGCAGGAAAGAAAGUGACUUAUUUGGACAGUGAGGUUUGAUUGGCAGGUUUCCUCCCCAAAAAUUAAAAAAGGCACAAAUUCUGGCAUGGUUCCAUUGCUGGAGAUGGUUCUCUGUGGUGGAACUGUUCCAGUAGAAAGGAGAAAGAAACGGAAGACACUAAGAAUGUUCUCGUUGUUAUUGGUGGAUCAGAGUGCAGCAUUAAACUCCCCGUGGUUCCCUCUGAACCAACAAGCCAGAUUCAACCCGAAAGCAUAGCCAGAGUCAAAUAAGCCCCGCCCGUUUGUGGAAGUGUGCCUUUAUGCAGGUGUUGGUUCCUUGUAGCAAAUCAGAUCCAGACAGGAAGUGUUGGCGAGGAUACACUCAUCUUGUUUCCUUCAAAUGGUGCUUGUUUGUAGGUCUUACAAACUAUAUUACGCUAUAUUCAGACGCUGCUGUAGAAGGAUGCGGUGUGGGUUUUUCUUCCCUAAUGUAUGGAUCCGCCAUUUUCUUGUAGCAGAGCGAAUAACCGUAGAGAAUGGCGGGAUUUGUUUCUGGUGCUGUGCAGAUGAUCUGUCACGAUCUCAAUAGUGGAAUAUUGUUCCAAAUCCGGUCCAGUUUUUUUUUUCUUGUGUUUCUACCUGAUCUGAAAUGAACCCUUAACACAGCCCGAGUAACCUGAGCUUUACACACUGCAGCUUUAAAGGUUAAAGGAGCAGUUGGUCGUUUUUCCAGCGUCGCCUAAGACCUGUGAGGGGAAACUGCCUUUGCUUCAAAAGCAUUAAAGCGACUCUCUGUCCACUCAACCGCCCCAUCAUGUUAUGUUUUAAGCCUAUGGUUUGGGGUUGAACUUAUUUCUGUGGCAGAAAAAAACAACCCUGAAUAUCAAUGAAUAAAUGAGCGAGAUUGGUUGCAGGGUAACACGGAUCAAACGCAGUUUGACUCAGGCUUCUUUAAAGAUCUGGGAAAAUUACAAACCGCACCUUUAAUGCCAUUUCACCCCCUUAUUUAUGUUAAUCAAUUCAUUUUUCCAUCCUUACAAUUUGUAUUUCACAUCAGCGUUCCAGCAUUCAGUGUGAGCGUAAAGGGGGAAAAAAGGAAAUCAAGAACAGGAUCCAUUGCCGAACAUUUCUCUGGUCUUCGUCCUGUCUGCGCCGCCUUCGGACACCUACAGCGGAGACUCUUUCCCUGUCGAACACGUGUGAACAAACCGAUGUCUGGUGGGAUCCGGACAGGGCCAGGGGGCGUUACCUGUUAAACGUGUGCGUGUUUAGACCUCUGUGCACUCAUCCACUUACUCACUCACUCUCACUCACUCGCUUCGACUUGAAUCAGCUGCAUCCCACGGCUCUGCCACCAGGGGGCACUACUGUCUUAAAUGUGAACACUUCAAUUUGUGGAUAUUUGCACAGGUACUUAAUUUAUUUUCUAGGAUAAUUAUCUUGGGAAGAAGAAGAAGAACAACAACAACAACAAAAAAGAAGACGAUGAAGAAAAGACAUGAUUUAUAUCAGUCAGAAACCUGGCUGCAUAUAAAUGUGAAGAUAUCGCUAACGAUGAUAUUAUUAUGACUAUAGUAUUUAUCUUAGACCUCCAGGUUAAUUUCUAGCUAGUGCAGAAAUCAUCUGCUAGCUCUCCAGAACCUUCUGUGUGUGGUGAAGAUUAAAAAAAAAGCAACCUGCAGUCCUGCAUGACACUGAAAGGCAGAGAGAGAGAAAGAAGGGAAAUGGAAAAUCAGAGAAAGAAAGAGAAGGCUGGUGUGUAGCUGUUUGCAGGGUGUUUGUGUGUGUGUGUGUGUGUGUGUGUGCGUGCAUGUGUGCGAGCAUGAGCAAACGGAGAGUGUAUGAGACGGCAUGGCAUUUCUCAUAAAGCAUUACUCUAAUAUGCAAUAUGACGGGAGAUUUGAUGAGAAACAGGAAUCGGAUUAAAAAAAAGGUUCAGGUGGUUUGCAAUGAGAUUGUGGUUUGGUUGUUGUUCAUUUUGAAUUUUUAUUUUUUUCAGUAUUGUUUGGGGGUUUUUUGUUCCCCAGAAGUCUGUGUGCCUCUGGACAAAAAGAGAGAAAUGGAAACAACAAACAAAAAAAUAUCUGGAGAGAAAUAAAAGAAAA